UUUCUGAACGAUUGCUACAUCUGUCUAAAUUGGCUGCGCGUUGCGAAUUUUGCAAAACUCUUAAAACUUUCAUUAUUUCCAUUGGAGUAGGUGUUUACUUCUUGAAAAUGCCUUUAAUACGUUCAGCAAGCUUCAGUUUAUUUAUUGAAAUAUUAGUACGUAUCGUGUUAGUGCUGGCAUUUUGUUAUAUGGAGACAAUGCCGCCUUUUGUCAGAGUGAUCCAUCGGCCAGAGCUGGAGUCAGAAUAUAAGUAUCCCAGGAAGGAGUCUUACGUCCCCGGUGGGGCUAUGUGGGCUAUAGUUCUGUCUGUUCCAUGCAUGCUAUCUUUGCUUGCUUGGGCUGCAUGCAAUGAUUGUAAUGAUGCUUUUGAGAUAUUACUAGCAUGGUCUUUAGGACUUGGGAUCAAUGGCGUCUUAACUGAUAUGAUCAAAUUAAUAUCUGGUCGGCCGAGACCGGAUUUCUUCUAUCGCUGCUUCCCUGAUGGAGUGGAGACAGAAGAUUUGCAAUGUACAGGAGAUCCUUUGGACAUUAUGGAGGGCAGGAAGUCCUUCCCGAGUGGUCAUAGCAGCUAUAAAUCAGCUGACAGGGUUACCGCUUACAACCUAUACGUAAAGGUGUGUCACGUUAAUCGUUCCGUCCCUCUCGUGCGUGUAGUGUCGUUCUGCUCGCUGGGCGUGGCGUCCGCGUGGCUGUGCGGGCGGCUGGGCGUGUUGUCGCGCCGGAGGGGGAGCGGGACGCGCGUAGUGUGCUGUCUCGCUCCACUCGUGGCGGCCGCGUGCGUGGCGCUGUCCAGGAGCUGCGACUACCAUCACCACUGGCAAGAUAUCCUAGUUGGAUCUACUUUAGGGUUUAGUGUUGCCAUAUUCUGCUACAGGCAAUACUAUAACCCGUUGUCAUCGGAUCUCGCUGGGGUUCCGUACGUAGUAUCCAACGCUAAUCUAAUCAAAUAUAUGAACGGCAAACCGGAUAUAAGUCCUAUUAAAGAUUGUAAAGAGGUCGAAUCUACCCCUUUGCUGAACGGUAGGAAAGAGGAUAAAUGGAUUUAGAAAAUAAAAGAAACAAAAUGUCUUUAUUGUGAUCUCUAUGACUCAGUGUUACCAUUUAAUGUGAGUAGGAAACUACUGUUUAAAUUGUGU